GGCAGCGUGCGCCUCCGCGCCGGAGCCGCGGCCAGCGGGGAGGCCGCGGCUGCCUCCCGCGGGGCUCGGCGCGCUGCAGGCGUGCGCGUACGGGGGGAAAGGGACCGAGUUCAGCUCCUUCUCCCUCCCCUCCACUCCCGUCCGCUUUCCUCUCGCUGGACAGGAGCGCCCUGGGGGGGACUGGGCACCGCCAACCCAGGCUGCUCCUACCUUCCUUCCUUGCUCUCCUGCACACCUCAGCCUCCAUCCGCCCCGGGGGGUGAGCCUUUGAAUGAGCAGCAGUGUGGCUAGCCCGAUGUCAACAGUUGCUUCUUCAAGCAGUGGAAGAGGGACAGGAAAAUCAACAAGCUUUACGCCUGAACUGCAAAGUAUGAUGUUUUCCUUAGGAGAUGCUCGCAGGCCUCUGCAUGAAACUGCAAUAUUGGUGGAAGACAUUGUCCACACUCAGCUGAUAAAUUUGUUGCAGCAAGCAGCUGAAGUUUCUCAGCUGAGAGGAGCUCGAGUCAUCUCUGCUGAAGAUCUCCUGUUUUUAAUGCGCAAAGAUAAGAAAAAGCUUAGAAGGCUACUUAAAUACAUGUUUUUUCGAGACUACAAAUCAAAAAUUGUGAAAGGCAUAGAAGAAGAUGACCUCAUUGAAGACAAAUUCAACAGUAACAACACCAACAAACGGCAGAAACUUGCUCAAGACUUUCUCAACUCCAUUGACCAAACUGGAGAGCUCCUAGCCAUGUUUGAAGACGACGAGAUUGAUGAUGUUAAACAAGAGCGGAUGGAGAGAGCAGAAAGACAAACACGAAUGAUGGACUCAGUCCAGUAUGCAGAAUUUUGUGAAAGUCGGCAAUUGAGUUUUUCAAAGAAAGCAUCCAAGUUUCGUGACUGGUUGGACUGUAGCAGUAUGGAAAUAAAGCCAAAUGCCGUUGCAAUGGAGAUUUUGGCAUAUUUAGCAUAUGAGACUGUGGCACAGUUGGUGGACUUGGCCCUUUUGGUUAAGCAGGACAUGGCUCCCAAAGCUGGUGACCCAUUCAGUCAUGCCAUAUCUGCUACCUUCAUACAGUACCACAACUCUACAGAGCCCCACCUCUUAGGGCAGGCCACAAGCAUGAAGACCAGUCUUGACUCUCCUGAAAACACACCGCCUCCUACACCCACACCUCCAGCAUCAGCAGGGCAGCAACACCUUGGGAAAAGCCAGGCAGGAGCUCUGGGCAAUGGUGGAAUAGGGCAGGACUCUACCAAAUCCAAACAAAGGAAAAGAAAAAAGAGCACUGCAGCCUGUGGUAUCGAGGCUCAAAGCGAUGCCAUCCAGCCCAGCCACAUCAGAGAGGCCAUUCGACGCUAUGGCCACAAGAUUGGCCCCUUUUCCCCAUUCACAAUUUUCUCUCUCUUUGACAGAGCGCCUACCGCCGAAACGGGAUGACUUUUCUUGCCUGCUAAUAUGGAUGUGGCCGCAGCAACAGGAAAGACAGUGUUAUAUUAAGGUGAAUUUCUUUUCCCCUCCGUGGAAGGAGAAACAAAACAAAACAAAACAAAACAAAAACCCCACGAGCUCUGACGGCUCCGCGCACUGGCGAGUGGGCUGGUUUGUUGUGACUAUCUGCUGGCUGCCUCUGUCUCUCUUUUUUUUUUUUUUUCCAGCCCCCUCAAUCGUUAUUCUUGUUUACUAGCUGGAACAUUUAGCUAAUUAAUGGCAGGAUGUUUGGGAUAGCGUGUAGGUGGACAAGAAUGCAGAUUGCACAGUUUCGAGGGUUGCAGUGGGCUUGCUGCUCUCAGCCUGCUGCUCCAGUGCGGGGUCGUUUUUAUUUGAGUGCAUGGAAGCCCGUUUUAAUAGGGGUGUUUUGUACAGCAGGAUGGGGCAGAAAGGAGCCAAAGAUGGAACGGGGUGUAUAGUCUUUCCCUGUGAUUAAAAAGAGAAAAAAAGAGAGAAAAACAGCCCUGUUUUCCAUUGCUUUCUCUCAAGUUAUUUUUAGGUGGUGUCAAAACGGCAUAACCCAGUCUGAUCCAGUAAGGGACUUUCUGAUACCGAGUUCAGAGCCAAUGUUUCGGUUUUUGUUUUUGUUUUUUUCUUCCUCCUCCCGAGAAAGGCUCAGAUAGAAGAUAACUUUAUCAGGUGAAGACUGUCUUUUUUACAGAUGCAAUGUUAGGCUAAUUGCCCAGCCCCAAAUUCUUAAUAUUUACACCUCUCUUUUCAUUCCGUUGCUCCCCGAGGGCCCAAGCCAUCUCUCUUCCCGAGUCCAGAGAAGUGCGGUGAUUUGGCACUGAACUGGGCCCCUGUUCACCAAGUGUAUCCUGAAGUAUCUGAAUAGCCCUGUCUGUCUGAGUGCCUCUACUCAAAGGCUUCUAGUUACCUACGUGCGUAAGUGUUUGCUGCAGGGAACAGAUAUUGUCUCUGCUGUUGAAUUCGGUUGAAGAAGAAAUGGGCUCCUUCUUUUUUUUUUUUUUUUUUUUUUUAAUGUAUUUUGCUUUUUUACAUUUUAGGCCACGGUGUUUGUUUUCAGAUUUCUUCCGUAAAUCUCAGUCCCUCCCUCCAUGGUUCUUCUCCUUCCCGGCUCCUCCAGCCUUCGCUUUCCUCGCAAACACAUUCAUUUCUUCCCAUAAAAACUGUACAAAUAUAGAGCUAACCACGAUGACGCUUGACCAGAGAAAAGGGCUUAUGCUCCAGCCCUUCAUCAGGAUCUACCGGCAUUUACUGCCCGUGUCCCUGUGGUAUCCCGCUGGCCCAGGGGUCCCCUUUAGCAGCUCUUAGUGCAGGCUUAAAAUCUGACUUAAACCUCAAAUUGAGGCAGAGCACUCGAGGGAUCCAGAGCAGAUCAGCAAAAUAGUGCUUUUAUAUAGUGCAGCCAUCCUCCUCCUUUGUGCUUAGUAUGGGAGGUCUUAACUUCUGCUCCCGCUUCUCCUAUACGCUACUGAAGUCAUUUAUAAGUGGUUUGGUCGCCCUGCUUUCCUGGACUUGCUUGUGAAAACUUUGAAAUGUAUAUAUAUAUUUUCAAUAGUGAUAAAAACGUCUCUUGUAACCAAAAUAUUGUAAAUGUGAGCUCUGUACCUCAAAUAUUACUGCCAUUCAUAAACUGCUUUUUUCUUUUACCUGCUUACAGUUCUGUUUUCUGGAAUUAAUGCAUGUGUAAAGGACUAAAAGUAAUGUGUACAAUGCAGUAUGUUAAAGAGGAGGGGGAAGUUUUCUGAUGUUCCAUCUGUGCUUGUUGAAAUGUAUGAUUAAACCUUUCUUUUUAUCAUCA